GACUCAUCAGUAGAAAUUGGGAAGAGCUGCAGAAGAGGAGCCAAACAGACAAGCUGAUAACUCAAAGAAAUACUCUUUUGAGUUGGGGGUUCAGAGUGGAGCCAUCAUGAGCGAUGUUACCAUUGUGAAGGAAGGCUGGGUUCAGAAGAGGGAAAAUACCUGCUCAGAUGUGACAGCAUUUGUGACAUCACCAGUACAGACUUUCACAAGGAUUUUGAAGUCAGUGUUGGGAAUAUAUAAAAAACUGGCGGCCAAGAUAUUUCCUGCUAAAGACAGAUGGCUCUUUCAUAGGCUAUAAGGAGAAGCCCCAGGAUGUGGAUCUGCCAUAUCCACUCAACAACUUUUCGGUGGCAAAAUGUCAACUAAUGAAAACAGAGCGACCAAAGCCAAACACAUUCAUUAUCAGAUGUCUUCAGUGGACCACUGUCAUAGAGAGGACAUUCCACGUAGACACUCCAGAGGAACGGGAAGAAUGGACAGAAGCAAUCCAGGCUGUAGCAGACAGACUUCAGAGGCAAGAAGAGGAGAGGAUGAACUGUAGUCCAACUUCACAGAUAGACAAUAUAGGAGAAGAAGAGAUGGAUGCUUCAACAACCCAUCAUAAAAGAAAGACAAUGAAUGAUUUUGACUAUUUAAAACUACUGGGCAAAGGCACGUUUGGCAAAGUUAUCCUGGUCCGAGAGAAGGCUAGUGGGAAAUACUAUGCUAUGAAGAUUUUGAAAAAAGAAGUCAUUAUUGCAAAGGAUGAAGUUGCCCAUACGCUUACAGAAAGCAGAGUAUUGAAAAACACCAGACACCCUUUUUUAACAUCCUUGAAAUAUUCCUUCCAGACAAAGGAUCGUUUGUGUUUUGUGAUGGAGUAUGUUAACGGAGGAGAGCUGUUUUUCCAUUUGUCGAGAGAGCGGGUGUUCUCAGAGGACCGCACACGCUUCUAUGGUGCAGAAAUUGUCUCUGCCCUGGACUAUCUGCAUUCUGGGAAGAUUGUGUACCGUGAUCUCAAGUUAGAAAAUCUAAUGUUGGAUAAAGAUGGACACAUAAAAAUUACAGAUUUUGGACUUUGCAAAGAAGGAAUCACAGACGCAGCAACUAUGAAAACAUUCUGUGGUACUCCAGAAUACCUGGCACCUGAGGUGCUGGAAGAUAAUGACUAUGGUCGUGCAGUGGACUGGUGGGGAUUAGGAGUUGUCAUGUAUGAAAUGAUGUGUGGGAGACUACCAUUCUAUAACCAAGAUCAUGAGAAACUAUUUGAACUGAUACUAAUGGAGGACAUAAAAUUUCCUCGAACUCUGUCUGCAGAUGCAAAAUCAUUACUAUCAGGCCUACUGAUAAAGGAUCCAAAUAAGCGACUCGGUGGAGGCCCAGAUGAUGCAAAAGAAAUCAUGCGUCAUAGUUUCUUUGCUGGAGUAAACUGGCAAGAUGUAUAUGAUAAAAAGCUUGUACCUCCUUUUAAACCUCAAGUGACAUCUGAGACAGACACCAGGUAUUUUGAUGAAGAAUUUACAGCUCAGACUAUUACAAUAACGCCGCCUGAAAAAUAUGACGAGGAUGGUAUGGACUGCAUGGACAAUGAGAGGCGGCCGCAUUUCCCCCAAUUUUCCUACUCUGCAAGUGGACGAGAAUAACUUUUUUGUUCUGCUGCUUCACUGUCAUCUUAGGUUUAUCACUGAAAAUGAUUCCUGAACAUCACCACCAGUGCUAGAUACUCUUUAAGGUAGCAGGGGCACUUUCAGAGACCAUUCCAAAUUGAACAAGUUUCUAUCCCAAACCUACCUAAACUCCAUUUCGGUUUUGCAUGAAAUACGAGGUUUUUCUCUACUACGCCCUCCUGCUGUUGCUGCUGCCCACAGUCUCAGUGUAAUAACAACGUUGAGAAGUUACUAAUGGUGUCGCUGGAGGUCGAUGACUUGCCUUCAGCACUGUACACUUUGUGCACCAGUAGUCAUCUAUUUUUCCUCACAGUGGAGGCUAAACAAAAAGCAUGUUGGUCCAGCUUAUCUUCUUCUAGAAGAUGAAUCAAAAUUGUAAUUAGUCUAAAAAGGCGAGUCUAUAACAUUUUCUUUCAUCUGUUUGUGCUGGUUAGAACAAGGAAACGUAGGGGGUGGUGAUGUACAUAUGCAAGGUUUUUGUUAGGCAUAUCAUUACUUGAAGCAGGUCUCUGUCAUUAACAUCUGGCUGGAAUUUGUUUAGGAAACGUUUGAGAGAAGGACUUAAACUGUUGAUAUAUAUAAAUAUAUAUAUAUUAUUUUUUAAUUACUGUUGGAUACUACAGAAGAAGCAGAAGGGCUGGGCUCACCCAGCCUGCCACGUAGAACUUCCAGGUUCAUGUGCAAUCAUGGAGAAUCGAACAUUAUACAUGCAAGAAAUGAAGGCAUAAAAGCAGCAGUUGAAGUUGUUUAAGGGGUCUUCUAAUUUGCACCAGAUAACAUCUUUCUCAUGCUUUUCUUUUUCUUUCAUGAUAUACAUCACCUCUGAUGGCUGAAGAAUGUAGACAGGCAUAAUGGUAUUGCUUUUCACCAAAAUGUGUGCACCAAGGUAAACAGGUGUUUGCCUUACUCGUUUUUAUUUUGAGUUUGUGAAUUAGCUUUUUCUCCAGGUGUUUAACUCUGAAUAUUCUUUUUUUUUUUUUUGUUAUACUGCAGUAGUAUUUAUUUUUAGCGAUAAGGAUUGUAUGUGUCAUGUUUGCAAAUGCUGCUACAUCUUAGAUAGAACAGGCUUAUAGCAGUUAAUUUUGUAAUAUAUGGAAGGACUGUACAAGCUGAAGGGAAUAAUGCACUUUUCUCCCAUGUGGAAAUUUUAACAAGGCUCUGAAAUUGUACAUAGUGCUUAGAAUCAGAUUUUUGUGAAUGAAGUACUGUCUUUUAAUUGUUUGGCAGUGGAGGUGAGGAAUUCCAGCUUCACGUGCCAAAGUUAAAAACAAACAGGCAAAAAAGCUACAUCUUGUGCUCCAUUGAGGAUAAAUGUAAUGUAAAAGAGCCUGACAACACAAUAGAAAAAUUCUGUUCUAGAUGAAGGAAUUGCAUUUGAAUAAUGAGACCACAGUGAUUACAAGAAAAGCACUUUACUUUAAUAAUUAAAAUAGUAAAAUUCUGGGAUCAGCCGUUCUUCAGGAAGGUUUGCCCUCAACCAAAAGAGUCCCGAAACCCGGCGUGUUACAUGUAACCGUGGUACCUGAUUGACUGAAUUUAAAACAUCAUGAGAAGGAAAACGUCAUCCGUUUCCGAAGAUCUGUGUCUAACAGAAUGUGUGCGUAAACUUUAGCUUUGAUCUUCAGCAAUGAUAAUCUUAAUAAUAAACCCUUUGGUGCUAGGAGUCGGGGCAUUACGCGGUGCCGUGGUAGCGUGCACCUGCCCUUGCUAAUGACAUCUGAAACCCCUGACUCUGUGGGAUUAUCAUUCGAAGCAUCUCUGCGUUGGGAUCUUGUUAGUUCCCACGAAGACUGUGAUACCGCUGAGUGUUGCCGAUUGCGUUGUGCGAAUGAGUAGACGAGUCUGAAAGGGGAGAUGUUCCUACGCGGGUGCCUUGGCCUCUUGAUGUGGAAAGUUGAGUGUCCUGGCACAGAGCCCACUGCUGGCAGUGCAUGUGCUGGGACGGUCAAGGGGUAGGUGGGCAUUUCAGCAAGGCAGCUAAAGACGCAGGCUAAUUCAGACAAUUGUUCAUGUUUCGUGUUUUAUCUUUAGCAGUGGAUGGAUAAUCAGUCAGAAAUUUAUCAUGGUGUGUAUUCUGACUACAUAGGAUCUCAUUCUGUCACCUUGUAACACUAAGUGCGUGUAGAGAUUCUCCCUCUACAGAGCGAGAGAGGAGUGCAGCAAACGCGUUGCGGGUCUGCACCGGUAGCGUAGGGGCGUCUACACUGAUGCAGCGAGCAAGCGACUGAAAUAACUGAGUACUUAAUAGAUGGGCAUUAAUUAGUUCUCUGCAAAGGCCUCAUACUUACAGACUAAAACUAUGGUGAUUAAAAAUCUGUGUUACAUGCCUGUGUUUUUUUCCCCUAUGUUUUCAGCUUGUAAUAGCAAUAAGUUUCUUGACAUGGGGCCCCUCUCACUAAUGACCAAGGGGUGCCGUGCCUCCGGCCAGCCGUUCCUUGCGUGCAGCAGAAACCCUGUGGUUAGCUCACUGUCGUGGAGCUAGUUGGGAUGGGAUUUGUGGUAAAUACCUGUCGGUGAAUGGUUUGAGGACCUUGUAAGGCUUCACUGUGUGUUGGCUUGUCUGCCUUCUGAAGUGUCAUUGACCAAGGUUACCCUGCGGAGAGAGUCAGGGGCCCGUGCUGCCCCGGGCUGGGGGGUUCUCUCUCUCUCACCAGUGUUGAACAAGCUGAAAGCCAAAGGGGCGGGCAGUGCCGAGAGAAACUUCUGCAGCUCCUCUUUUGCUAUUGGCAGUUGUGGGCUGGAUUUGGACCGGAGGUGGCGGCUGGUUACCAGGGUGAGCCUUUCGAGCACCGUACAUUUCAGACUUUGACUCCAGCUUGUACUGACUUCCAUGCCACACAGUAUGCCCUCUUGUACUGCAGCCAUCUGGGAGGAAAUAGGUCAUUUCUGUUUGGAUUUUUGGCAGUUUUGCACACAGCUUCGCUUUCCACACUAAUCCAUCUUCCAGUACAUUCCUGUUGCUUAAAGAACGUUUAUUCCAGUAUUGUUUUACGUUUUGGGUUUUUUGCUUUUUUUUUUUUUUUUUUACCCAUCUUUACUUGCGGCUUCUUAAAGCUGACUGUUCUUGCAGGGGCCAUGUGCUUCUCCUAGAGUACAAAAGUAAGGUCUUUCCUUACUAACUGCAGGGUCUAUAUAUUACACCUCAAUGUACACACUUUGCUGCUACUGUUUGUACUGUCUACAGUAGAAUUUCCUUAUCUUGCUCCUGGUAGUGCAUUACAGGCAAGCAUGAAAUGUAAAGUAUUUAUUUAAAUAAAAACCUCUAAAUUGGUAAUUGAAUUACCUCCCUGUAGCUUUAGAGUUUGUGACAUUUCUUGACCUUGCUAGUUCUUUCAUUAGAUCCAUGCAAGAUCUAGUCAUAUGGUUAAGGAUAUUACGCAGACACGACUAUGAACCCAAGAAACCGUAUUACUGUUGGUCAUACUUAAACUGUUUAUUUCCUUAAGUAUAUGACCCACAAGGAUGUGAAAUAACUACAAGAAACUGUUUUUGUACACUGUACAUCCUUAGUAUUUUUACACGUAUAUGAUAGGGAUGCACAUUAUUUUCCUUCGUACAGACAGCUUAAAUAAAGCACUAUGUCAAUCUGCUACUUCUGUGUUUUUUAAUGCUAAUUUGUUCUGGAGGUUUGUAAAUAUAUAUAUAUAUAUAUGUUCAGGCUUGCCACAAAGGACGUAUUUUUUUAUAUCUGCACAUUACUAUUAAAUCUCUUGGAGGAUAAAAGUCCUAAGUUGUUCUGUGUCAGAGAAAGAAAAACUGAAAUGAGAAGCCUAUAUUGCAGAUUACAAAAGAUUUCUCAAGUUUUGGGUUAAAUAUUUACUUCAUAUUUUAAAGUAAUUUUAUAUAGGUUAGGUGUUUCAAUCCUGAAAUGCACAAAGAAUUUACUUAAUUUCUUCUUACAAGAAAAUGUACAUCGUUAUUUUUUUAUCACUGUAUAUAUAAAAUGAUCUGUGCAUGUUUAGUUACAAGUUUUAUUUGCUGUGAAGUCCUAGUGAUAACUGUAACUCGCUGUGACGUAUUUCAAAUACCGGGUGAUCAGUUUCAGCUUGUAAAUGAUGAAGUUACAGUAUUGUCAAAAAAAAAAAAAAAGUUUCUAUGACUAAGCAAGACGUAUCUGUGCUUUGGAGCAAGGCUGUUUCCACACAGGCGGUUCAUGUUGACUCUGCGAGGUGUGUGUGUUGCUUGUAAAUUUGGGUUACGCUUUUCAAGUAAUGAUUACACAGGGCUGCGUUCCUGGCAGAGCACCCAUGAUUUCAGCGAUUUGUCAUCUACUGAAAUGCAGAGCCUCACAUCCCAGAGCUAGGUAGUGCGGUAGGGUAAGGAGAGGAAGACCACGGGAAGGUGGGAUUUGCAGGGCACCUCAGUGGGACUCUUUGAAGCCCACAAGCCGGUCCAGGGCCCUUUGAGCCAGCCGGUCAGGAGGGCUGAGUGUCCCUAAAGCAGCCAGUCACCUGGGUUGUAGCUCAGAUCUCAGACAUGAGCGCUUCCCUGGCAUCGAGGGUGCCUCAUCCACGUCUGUUCUUUUCCCUUCUUUUUUUUUUUUUUCUUUUUCUCCUCUGUCUCAUAAUAGGAAUGAGCACAAGCCAGCCAGCCUUUAGCUCAGUGGUAUUAGGAGAUCAGCGACCAGGACUCGGCUGCGGCAGCGGUGGGACUGGUCAGGCUGUGUCCCCCAUCAUGGGCUCACGCGCUGGCUGUGGAGGUGGGCUGUCUUAGAUCCGAUCGCCUGGUCUGACACUUGUAAACUUCGUAAAAACGAGCAUUUUGUGCCUAAGUAGAGGCCGGGGUGGGGGCACGUGAGCCAGGCAGACCUAGCACUGUCUGUGCUUAAUGACUAAUUAAUUGCUACAGAGCAGAGUAACUGCUGCAGGGCAACUGAUUCCUUCUAGACUCCCAGCAACAUAAUGAACUGAGCCUACGCCUGGGACAAGUGGGAAAACCUCCUUCCAGCUGCAGAUACCCAGCAGCCCAGGAUGCUUUGGUGAAAUCAAACAUGUACGUGCACGUGGGCAGCUGGUAGCAGGCCCUGCACGCAGCCACCAGGAGCCACGUGGUAGGUGAGGCCUGUCCGGAAAGGUUGAGGGUCCAGCUGUGCCUCAGGCCCGGGCAUGGCAGUGCCAGGAUCUCAGUGAAGCCUAAGUGCUGGGAGGAGGUGCCUGAGUUCCUUUGCGCCCAUAGCCUAUAGGUACUUUCUCCUAUUUAAACACAGAUUUCUGCUGUGGAAUAAUCAAAAAUAAAAUUUAAAAAAAUGUUUGCAUAUUCCUACAUUUAUAAAUGUAUAUUCUUACCUGUGUAACCAUCUAUAAAGUAGUGACACUUAAAAUAUCGUCGGCCUGAUUACUGUGGAAAACCCAGAGCUUGACUAGGCUUUUCUUCCUCAGGCUUUCUUGUCCCUAAAGACCUGAGGCCAUUUUAAGCAUGUUUAGUGUCAUCCUGGUGAUGCAGGUCAGGGAGGUGAUCAGAUGGGUUUGGCAGUUUCAUACGGCAGGAAAUUGAACUAGGGAGGGAAAAAAACCACCACCCCAAACCAAACCACUUUGAUGUGAGGGCUGUACCACUAGUAAUUCUGAAAAGACAAGAGGAGGAAAGGUUGUGUCCCACCGCAAAUGGUAACCUAUCACAUGUGAGGUUACCCUACUUAUGUUACAUUUUAUGUGUUCAUGCUGACUGAAGGAGCUUCAUUACUGGGGAACUGUUCUUUGCAUUUUUUCCCCCUUUGCUAGUGCAAUUCCACAACGACACUGAAGUCAAUAGAUGCAGAAACUUUUUGCUUAUGUACUUAGUUUAUCCUGCACUAGUUAGCAAAAGCUUCAGACAAAUUACUGCUGAAACAGCCUGGUAUUUGGAAAGUACUUUUUAAAAACACAAGUGCACUAUUAACCAGGAGAAAAAAAGCCCUCCAACUGCAUCCUCCAAGUGUUUUGAGGUCAAUAAUUUGAAGCCAAGUUCACCUGGUGCCCAUCUCCCAGACUGCUAAAUAUUUGCUGGUGGAAAAGCCUAGCAUCACCACUUUGGUGUUGAGAGCUUUGAAGGGUAACCUGCCCCCUGGAAAUUCUUCCACAUUGAGAAAUAUUCCAUAUAAUCAGUCUUAUGCUUUUCUGAUGGAUGAACAGUUGUUGGGGCUCUCACCUUUGUAUAAAGAGUGACAAAUACCUUGUAAAAAUAAAGUUCCCAGGUAGAUUCUGGUAAUGAGUGUGCUGGUGCAGGAUUCACAAACAGUCCCCUCCUCCCCAGGCACAUGCUUCCACUUGAAUUCAGAAGGACAGAAUGAAGAAAAUAAGAAUCUAAUUCAGUUUAUUGGUAUUUCAGUCUGUAAAUAAAGACAUCUAUGUUCAAUUAGAAAAAUAGUUUAAAACAUUUUAUAAAAAAAAUGUGCAAAUAAUGAAUUAAGUCCACACCAUGUAAUAGCUGUUAAAACUGGCUUUUCUUUUCAGAAAAGUCUCAGUUGUCUUCCUAGGAAGCUUGGUGGGCUGGUAAUGCUUCAAACUAUUUAUGAUUCUGUAGUUAAAACCAAAUAGAAACCAGGUGAAGCUCGCCAGCAAGCAUGCCUCUCUUCUGCAGCAGGGUCUUUGGGUGAGCCUCAGGCAAGCCCACGUUUCAGCCGGGUGCAGAGCAGACCUGAAAGACAAAAGAGAGCGCCAGGCGCGUAAGUAAGUAGUCCCUAUCCCCUCGCUGGUGUUUCUCAUUUGUGUCGCUUCAGCCUGCGGGUGAGUUCUUGGAAGAGAAAUACAGCGACGGUUGAGACCGUGGUAAUGCAGUGUAAACAAGCGCUGUUUGAAAGCCUGCGCUUCCUGUGGGCCUGCUGUCCUUGCCUUUUUCUAAGACGAGAAGCCUUACAGGUAGCAAGAACAAGAGCGAUCUGAUUUCUGAAAAACAGGAUCUCCAUGAGCUUCAGCCGUCGCUCGCAUUUAGCAGUAAAUAACUGAGCUCUUGUUUUGGGGCACGUCUGUGAUCCUGCCCCUUCUCCUUUCCAGGAAGGAGGCGGCAGGUCUGUGCCAGCGAGUGUUUACUGUGAAUGGUACAGCCUGUGUGUGGGGCGGGCAGCGGCAGCAAAACAGGAACCUGCUGCCUGGGGGCUGGUAGGAAACCUCCGGUGGGAAGGCUAAUUCGCCGGCCUGCAGCGCUUGCAUAGCUACGGUGCGUGCUUCCUCGGUAGCGCGUCGGGAUGGAAUUCAGAGCGAGACGUCAAAAACUACUGGAGCUGGGGGAGCUACCUAGAAUUAAGCCACUGGAGUUCUCAAAUCUGAAUUUAAAAGGUGUAAAUGACAUCAGAAAUAAAAAUAAAAGUUUCUACUUUGGCUGGUUUUGCAUUAGAGGACUA